UGUUAUCCCCCCCUGAUUGGAACUCUCCCGUAUGACAUGUACGCAUCCUCAGUGACUUGCUUUAACUUCCGCAGACUAACGACUCACAUUACUGUACUGACCGGUUAAUAUGUCUCCGAAGAAAACACGCAAAUACUGCUCUAUAUGCAGGCACUAUAGAGGGAAGAAUGUAGACGGCAAAGUUAUUUCACUACAUAGAUACCCUGCAAACGUAGCUAUUCGUCGUAUUUGGCUUCAGAGAUCGAGACUUGCGAGGAAAGACUUUGUUUACACUGCAAAUAGCCAAAUGUGUUCCCAGCAUUUCGUCAAUUUUAAUGGACCAUCGAAAGAUCACCCCUUGCCAUCCAUUUUUCCAAACAAAGUAUUUAAAAUAUCAAAUAUACAACUGAAUGGAUGUCCAGAAGAUAUUGAGACCAACGAAGUCGAAGAUAUGAAUGUUACAGAACAGCUUGGUUGCUUCAGUGAUGAUUUUAUGCCUCCCAAACUAUCAGCACUGAGCCGUCUCAACAAAAAUGCUAGGACAGCCAGAGAAAAACAAAAAAAUGAAACCACAGAGGAAAGGCAAUUAAGAUUACAAAGACAAUUUGCUAGUCGGCACGCAGAAACAGCAGAACAAUGGCAGAAAAAAAAGAACGAAACACAGCACCUUGGAGAGCAACACCUGCAGAAUCAGAUGUUAAAAAAUCAACAAUCACAUGACAGAUGGCAAAUGGACAGUGCUUUAUCAUCUCCAAAGACUUCAAAAUGUGUACAUCUAACAACUAAAAUGCCAGUCCAGCAAGAUUCAAGUUUAGCACAAGCAUCUCAAAAUAUUACAAAGCCAGCUCAGGUGUUGACUUCACCAUUUCAAAUAACUCCAUCCAAAUCAAAUCUGGUGAAAAAUCCAAAUCAAACAACCGUAUUUAAAUCAAUAAUUAGAAAAAAAUUUUUAUUGAAACGGAAAUUGCUAGUUACUAGUCAUCAACGUAAUGUCAUGUUUAACCUAGCAUCUAUGUGGAGAAGUAGAAAAUUAUGUGAUGCCAGUGUUACCAAUGGCUCAUCUACUGUAAUGGUUCAUAAAAUAGUCUUGUCUGCUGCGUCUCCAAAAUUGUUAUCAGUAAUUAGUACACAUAUCUUUUCUCAGUUUUAUGAAGUAAAAUUACCUGAAGUAAGCACAGAAACUUUAAUGGCUUUUGUUGAAUACAUGUAUACUGGACUAUUAGAUCUUGAUCUUAAUAUUUUACAACAGCUAAAAGUCAUUGCAAAACAAUUAGACAUGAAAGACUUACAAAAUAUAUGUGAUGUUCAUCUUUUACGUGGAGCACGUCAGCAACAUUCUUCAACAGUGACUGCGUUUGAUGAUCCUAGGCAGAUGCCAUCUGAUGUUUCAGCUGUUGCGACAGACGAUAUUAAACAGGAGAUUUCUCAAAAUGAAUCAGCAGAACUUAAAGAAGAUGUGGUUAGCAUCUUUGAGCAAGAGGUUGAGGCUGCAUCUUCGGACACUAAGGAUAGCAGCUCUCUAGUUGGUUCUGCUAUUCUUCCCACUGUAAAAAUCGAGCCUGUAGGACCUGAUGACGACAAAUAUGGUCAAAUGAACAUGCCAUCGUAUGUUUCAGCUGUCCCUACAGACGAUAUUAAACAGGAGAUUUCUCAAAAUGAAUCAGCAGAACUUAAAAAAGAUACAGUUAGACACUUUGAGCAAGAGAUUGAUGCUGCAUCUCUGGACACCAAGGGUGACAACUCUCCUGUUGGUUCUGUUAUUCUUCCCACUGUAAAAAUCGAGCCUGUAGGACCUGAUGACGACAAAUAUGGUCAAAUGAAUGAAAGAGCUUACACAUUUUGUUCAGUUUCAGAUAGUUCUCAGGCACUAAGCACUUCUUUGAAUUCUAUAGCUGUGUCCACUACAGAUUUUAGCUUACCAUUUUCAGAUACCACAAACAGCAAAGCAACUGCAAAUAAGAUACAUGGAACAUCACCUAAAUUAAAAUCUAACGUAUUUGAAAGUUCUCUAGUUUCUGACUCAUCUGUGUCAUAUCGUGAAGAAAAACUGUGUUCUCAAUCUAGACUCAUAAGAGAAGACCCUUCUAAACCACUAAAUCGAACAAUAACAACUCAUUCAAUUGACAACAAUGAGACUUGUGGUAGCAAUGAAGAUGUCUAUCCUGUAGGACUUUUUACAGCAGGAGGGGACAGAUUACCAUUAUCAUCAACACAAGUUACCAAUGUCAAAAAUAUAGGUUUAUAUAAAACAGAUGGUCUUACUUGAUACAAGAAGUAGUUAGUUUUCAGUUUACAUAAACAUACACACUGAUAACUUCAGCUUUAAUUUUGUAAUAAAUAAUUUUUGAAAUA